AUGGCACACGACUGGCUGACCAGCUCACUACCGAGCUCCUGGCUGAGCAAGGUAGAACAGAUGGCCACGCUGAUAGACUUUACAAAUCAAGCCCAGGGAAAUAGCAUUCUGGUGCUGUGGUGCUGUGGUGCUGUGCAGAUAUGUCUAGGAAUGGGCCUUGGGCGGAAUGCUGCUAUCAAUUGA